UUGGCUUGCGUUUUCUCGCUUCUGAUGUCAUCAGGAAAGAACAAAUGCAACGAAGAAAUUUUAAAUAUCGCGCAUUUUUUUAAGUUACCUUUUUGCACGUAUUAUAAAUCAAUAAAGUAUAUCGUCGGCAUUGUAAAAACAUACAUUGUAAAUACAUCGUUGCGUAUAUAUAUUAGCUAUUCGUGACAAACAAUGUUUUUAUUGCGUUUGUAAUUGGCAUUUUUCUUCGUCGAUUGCGUGUCAUGCUUUUUAAAUGAGCGCACAUCGAUAAUACAGUUGUUGUUUUUGACCUAUGAACCGUAGAUAACUACAGGCGAAUGUAAUGAAAAAAAUUACAUCAACACAUAUCUUAAUGGAACAAGUUUCUGACUUACACUUCAGUCUGCAACGUACAUUCUUCACGAAUAGAAGCUAUGGCCUACAAUGUCAUCGGUUCAAUAUAUCGCGAUAUUAAGAACACCUUCCUUAUAAUGGAAGAUAGCACGGUGCCCGGUUUAGCUCAUCUCGAGGGGGUGAGGGAAGACUAUAAAAAAACACCAACAGGUUUUCUCGAGGCUAGGAGGAAAGUGGACGGUGCAGAAGGAUUAUGGAGAAUCAGAAACAGUCUCUACGAUCUGCAGACGUUCAUGAAAUUUCAUCCCGGAGGUGCGGAAUGGAUUAAUUUGACGAAAGGGACCGACGUCACCGAAUUAUUUGAAACACACCACAUCACGGAUAAGGCUGAGCGGCUGUUGCCGAAAUUUUAUGUGCGCGAGGCGACGACUACGCGAUCGGUGCCUUUGACUUUUCACCCGGACGGAUUCUAUCGUACAUUCAAGAGGCGUGCAACAGAGGCAUUGAAGAACGUCGAUUUCCACCGAUCAUCAACCAUUUCGAAUCUAAUUACAGAUACCUUGGCGGCCAUAACUUUCGCACUGGCUUUGUCAGCCGCUUUUGUUAAUUCUUACAUUCUUAUUCUUCUCGCCGGUAUUUUCCUGGCAUGGACGGUGGCGGCGGCACAUAAUUUCUUUCACAUGAGGGACAACUUCCGCAUGUAUUAUUUCGACCUCUGCAUGAUGUCCUCGAAGGAAUGGCGUAUCACACACGUAAUGAGUCACCAUAUGUACCCGAAUACCUUAUGGGACUUCGAAAUGUACGUGGUCGUGCCGAUACUGCAUUGGUUCCCUCACGAAGAUAAAUCUUUCAUUGUGGGAAUCAUAAGAACUAUUAUGUCUCCCAUCGUCUGGAUAUUGUUGUUUCUCUCUCAAGCCAUAAAGCGAUACUAUUCGGUAUUCCUGGAGUACGGAGUCUUCGAAUUUCGUGAUGUUAUACCGUUCCUGCUACCCUUCACGUUGAGCCUGUUUGCACCUGAUAUUCUCGUCGCGUUGAAAUUGUGGCUGACGAUGAUACUGACCAGCAGUUUUCUAUUCGGCUUCGUCGGUUUAAACGCGGCUCACCAUCAUCCGGAUAUCUUCCAUGAUGGCGAUAUCUACAGGGAUGACAUGGACUGGGGCCUGCUUGAACUGGAUGCCGUGCGCGGUCGCAAGGUGAUCGACGACUCGACCUUCUUGGCGCUCACGAACUUCGGCUCUCAUACGUUACACCAUUUGCUGCCCACCGUAGACCACCACUACCUUUCACUGUGCAUGCCCGCAUUCGUGCAGACGUGCAAGGAAUUCAAGCUGAGCGACGAAAGCCUCACGCAAUGGGAGCUCAUCAAAGGGCAAUUUCAGCAGCUCAAGCGAGUCACGUCCAAGAAGAACUAUAGAUAACGUGUUACAUCGAAGACGUCAAUGGUUCGGUUAAUAAAUUUUAAGGGAAGUUCUUUCACAAUAAAACUAACCGAGCGAUAUUCUAUCUUUCACACGAUGGGCGAUGAAUCCCACACCCCAUUUUAAAGUCUUCGAAUCGCGCGAAUCAUCAUGCGACGAAGGAUCGAUUGGGCGGGGUGAGAUUUAGUUCUUAAUUUUAUUUUAUUGCUUAUUUACUUUAAUAAAUACAUACUUCGGCUCUCUUUAUAAAUUACAAUUAAGUUUAUAGGAUAGGAUAUCAUCUGGAUGACACGUGUGUAAUAUGAGAUACGACGCGCUAAUUGCCUGAAUAUUCGUCGUCCUUGAUUCGCUUCGUUCGCGUGAUAUUACGUUUUUC